UUUUGUUUAUUUAAUUUUUCAUUCACUCAUCAUUGAUCGUGUAUAUGUGCGUGUUUUUGUAUUUGAAUGGAUGCGUUUGACAAUCAGGUUACAUUAUUUUCACGUAGCAUUAAUCAUAUAUUUUUACCAAUCAUUAUGGAUCCAUUUGAUUCAUUUCAACGAUCACCGAUUAAAGGAACAUUUUUUUUACAUUUUAUAUUGUUCAUAUGUUCAAUGAUAACUGUCAAUUGGCUUCCCGAUGUUUGUUUUCUAUAUAAUCUAUUAUUUUUCCUAUGUCUUUUAUGGGCAUUGGAAUCAAAAUAUAAUCCUGAACCGGUACAAAUUGCUGCCAUUAUUAAUCUAUUAGCAAUAUUGUUCGAUAUAAUAGUCAUGUCAACCAAUUUUAGUCAUAAUCAUUAUCGUGACGGAUUUGGAUUCAGUAUCUUUUUACUUAUCUGUAAUAUACUGGUACGUCCAUUUACAACAUUCGUUUUAUUACGAAUUCAUAAUGAUCGUGAGCUUCGACAAACAUUAUAUGGUGGUGCAACAACCGGUUCUGGUAUUCAUAAUCCUAAUCAUGAUCAAUUUGAUGUAUUUGGUAUUGGUGGUCGUCAAGGUUAUCAAGAUCUGGAUAGUCAACAACAACAACAACCACAAUCUGAAAAUCAAUUAUCGCAACAACAACAAACAAAAUCAAAUGGACCAUCAUCAACAACCGUUGUCAAUAUGCCAUAUCAAUCGGUACCCGAUCAAUUUCCACAGCUUAUCGAUACAACAACAACAACACCAAACAAACAAUAAUUCCAAAAUAUAUAUUCAAUUAUUCUUAAAUUGAUUGAAACCAAUCAAUCAAAUGCAUUUUUUAUAAAAAAAAAAAUCAACAAAACAAAUCCAAUAAUGAACUUUUAUUUCUAGUCCGAUCAUUUUAUUUUAAUUGAAUAAAAAUCAAACAUUUUUUUUAAAAAGA